GCAGAUGUUGGUCAUUGUUUGCAUGUGAAAGUAUGAGUGUUUGCGUGCGUUUAUGCGUGUGUUUGAGUCUCUUAGAAGACACACAAGACUUGUACUUGUACUUGCGGUUCACUCACUUCCUUAGAUCUCUGUUUUAAACCUGGACUGACAUGAGAGAGUGAUUCCAUUUUUGUCAAAAGAGCGAUCUGCUGUCAGAGCCGCGCGGCGGUCGGACGUGAGAUGGGGCGGAGAUACGGCACUGUGGGCAGGAGGACGCGAGUCACACUUUCCAUUUCCGCGACGCUGACGAGCUGAAACCAGCCAAGGAUCGGGAGGUCGCCGCGGAGUCAUCAGCUGAAGAUAUCCAUCUCGCCGCGGCCAGAGCAGCUAGGAGCCCCGCAGCCUCCCUAGUGCACGUAGCGACUCCCCAGUGGGCGAAAGUGAGAGAGACGGGUCAGAGUGACAUCACCGCCUUCCCCUGUACCCUGUAACCCGGCCGGACUGCGCAGUCACAGCAGAAUGACAGGACUCAUCUGCGCAGUGCUCAUCUUUGUUCUGGCAGGAACAGCAUCAUCACAUGACUGCAAUGCUACAAGUUCACCACCGGUAAACAUCACUACACAAAAUGUAGGAACAUCGCUUGUAAGCACCACAACUCAUGGAACAACACCAAACCAAACAACAGCCGAUUCGAAUGAAUCAUCUGGGUCGGGCUUCCACAGGGUGCUUCAACACCUGACCACGGAAAGAGUCAUAGCUUUUGGCGCCGGAGCAGGUCUCGCUGCAAUCGUUUGCUGUACCUGUUUCUGCGUGAUAACAUCAUGCUCACGGCGGAAACGGCGGAAACAGAGGGACCAAGAAAACCAGAAUUCGGGAGCUGCUCUUGUAACGGUGCGGAGCGGCUCAACGGGAUUGGACGCGGACGAGCAGACGGCGCUGCAGGCCAGAGGAGCGGAUGGGGCAGCCGGGGCAGCCGGGGCGGCCGGGGCGGCCGGGGCAGGCGGAGACGUGGACUACGCCUCCAUCGACGUCACCCAGCUGAAGACCAGAGAGACGCCAAAGGAGACUGGGGGGACGGACUACGCCGAAAUCCGGAAAGAGAGGCAGAGGGGAAACAACGGGAAUGAGGCAGAGGAAGAGGCUGUGAUGGAGGAGAGCGCUGAGGUGCCGGGGGGGGAGUCUCCUUAUUCAGUGGUGGAAUAGGCAAGGAGAAGGUUUGGGAGUGCUCGGGAGAGGGAGGGGUGAACAAAGAUAGCUUUUACGUUAAAAAAAUCACAUGUUCAAAAACCACGUGUCAAAAAUGCACACGUGAACAACAAGUGAAGAGUACAUGUGAACAUCAAUAAAUAAAAUUAGAGUAGGAAAUCUAUGGUAUUUCAAGUCAUGUUUAUUUUGUUGUAUGUGUAAUGUAUGUGAUUUGAACUGCUGAUCUACUGGGAUUUUCACGCACAUGGUUCGAAAAACCAAAGAAAGUCCAGCGAGCAGCAGUUCUGCAGACAGAAACGUCUUGUUAAUGAGAGACGUCAGAGGAGAAUGACCAGACUGGUCAAAGCUGACAGGUGUUGGAUUUCACCUGACUUAAUGUCACGUUUUGUUUUUGAACAUGGGAACAUGCAAAAAGCUCAUCACAUGUGAAAAUACUUGGAUCGGUCCACGUGGGCAGCUGCAUCAAACCAAAGUCUGACCGCUACACCACCGUGGCUCACAGCAUAUUCUUUUUCAUUCACAUGUGAAAAUGUUGGCUUCACAUGUGAAAUUGUGAUAGACUCAACACAUCCAACAGCUGCCAAAAUAUAUGUCUUAACAAGUGCUUUAGUCUCAGUAAUAAGACAAAAAGAAAUAAUAAAAUAUUUCAAGCAAUAGAAAUAAGGCACAGAUACUGCCAAUGAGAUGAGACAGUUUUAAACAGGCAAUUCACCCAAAUGUUGCCACUUAUCCAGAGUGUGAUAUAUCCAUGCAGAUAGUUUUCUAGAUAUCUGCUGCUCACCCUGAUACAAAGGAUGGUAAAUGGUUAUAUAGGGCCUUUAUUUAUAUAGCGCCUUCUGAGCCCCUGCAUCUCAAUAGAACAAUUGUGGUGCUCAACUUCUCCUUCUAAAUAUAGUGCUACAGUUUCUCAUGAACAUUGUAUUGGUCAACUGCACCUUUAAACAAAUGUUGUAAAAACAGCUUUCAUAUACAUAUGUUUCUGUCAUUUUUUUAAAUAAAUAACAGCUUGUUAGGUUUGCAAUUGUGGUUGGAAUAAAAGGCAGCAUACAGAAUGGGGCUCCAGUUACCAAACUAGAGAACCACUCUUCUAUGCACAGAGAGUGUGUGUAUGGUGGUGGAUUUCAAUUGCUGUUGUUUAGAUUAGUUUUUUCAUUGUUCAAAUAAAGCUGGAUUCAGAUAUGUAGACUCUUAUGUGUAUGCAUUCAAUAAAAUAUAUAUAUAUUUUCUACUGAGGCCAGCCAAGUAGUCCAGGCGGGACAGAACCAUCGCUUGGACUAGGAGCUGGGUCGAGUAGGGGGUGAGAAAGGAUUCUCCGUAUGUUGUAUAGGAAGGACCUGCACUCCAAAUGCAUUGACAAUAUAUUAAAAUGAAUAGUGAUUAAGAA